GUUUGUGACGUUCAGUUGGUGUAAGCUGUCUUUUCAUACAUGCAUCUUGGAAAGUGAGGAUUUGCUGUUAGUUUUGGGAAGAAUUGUUACAAAAAGGGUAGGAGAAGAAGAUGGAGAAGACUUUGAACAGAAUUCAUCCAGUUUCUGAUCCAGAAGCAACCUAUUUUCUACAGGUGUCAUGGGAAAAGGAUUUAGGCAUUGGCUUUGGUUUACUUCUUAGUGAUUGUCAGUGUGCUUGGACUGGGACAGUGUCUGAAUCAGACAUUUCUAGGGAGGCUGCUGACAUAGAAAUGGAUAGAGAAAAAUAUGUGGAAGAGCUGAGGAGAGCACUGAUAGCUGGAGAGGAGUCAGCUGGCAAAUACAACUUCGUGAUUUCAAGAGAUGAGCAGAAUAAGGCCUGCCACUUCUCCUAUGAAAGGAACCUGAAAGACGGCUCUUUCAGACUUGGAUCUCUGAAGCUGCAGGAUGUCCCAAACCCAGCAGAAGUGAUCAGAGAACUCAUUGGUUACUGCCUGGACAGCCUGGGGAAGCUGCAGGCCAAAACUGAGCAUCUGCAGAGGGAAAAUGAAAGGCUUUUCAGCAACUGGAACGACGUGGAGAAGAGGCUGGAAAAAUGCGCGGAAGCUAAAGAGGAGCUGGAGGCAGACCUUUACAGCAGGUUUGUUUUGGUGCUGAAUGAAAAGAAGGCAAAGAUAAGAAACUUGCAGAAGCUGUUGAGUGAAGCUAAAGAAUCCGCAGUGGAUGCCAAGUGUGCAAGGGAUAGUAUAGCUACUACUCAGAUGGUUGUAAAGAGAGAAAACAACUAUGAUGCCAGCACUGAUGAGGAAAGUGAAAAUCCAGCACGGGCCUCGUUGCCAUCAGCUCCGGAACGAAGGGAUUCCUCCCUGCUGGGCAGCCCAGACAUCGUGGACCCUGCUCCCAGGAGAAAACGAAGGCAAAGGACAGCAAAACCUGCAGGGACAGGAGCUAAGGUGGCUGCUUACGAGGCAGAGCAGCCAGCCCAGGAAAACAGUGUGCCACCACUCACACCAGACACUUUUUCCCCAUCUGAGCCAACAUCAGAAAUGUUCUGUGCCCACGGGGAGCUUUGAUAAGUGACCCUCAUCACCUGAACACUCACCUGCCACUGUUCCAGGGGCUGGGCUGGGAAGGAGAGCUGUGCUGUGUGACCUGUGCAACAAUGGGGGGCUGCCACACCAAAGGGAAAAAAAAAAUAUAUUACACCUUUGAUGAUAAAAUUGCAAAAACUGUGUAAGACAUGAAUCAUUGGGGGAAAAAAGAGUGGUGGCAGAAAAUCUAGAGUAAUUCUUCAUUCAGCUUGAAUGAAUAAGGCAGGAAUAAAUGCAACAAAGCACAGCUGGUUUUCUCCUGGUGGUGGUACCUGUGCAGUGUCUUUCUUUAACUGAGCAGUAGAUAAUUAGGCUUCCACCAUCCACGUGGGAACGGGUGAUUUAUUUCCAUGGGAAGUGGAAGGAACUGAGAUCCACCAUCACCAUUUCUCCCAGCUCCCCAGGGAAGGGUGGGAUAAUGUGAAGGCUGAAGGCCCAGGGCAGGAUAAAAAUGAGCAUUUUCUGCUGACCUCAGAGGCUGCCAUUUCUCCUGGGAAAAGUCUCUCAGCUCUCCAGUUUGGAGCACAUCUCACGGGUUUUUGUCACUGGUAAUAGCCCAAUAAUUGACUGCUGAUGGAGGAGUUAUUACUCAGUAAGACUGACAGGACUCUACCCUCUGCUGUCUCAGGGCAUGUUCCUUAGGUCAGGGUUUUAUUGCUGUGACAAAUCUGGUGAGGUAUGUGUCUCCAAUGAUUCAUCUAUAAUGCAUUUCACUGAAAAGCUUCCAGAAAAUUUAUUUCAUAUUUCAGGCUGUGAGAUUACAAGAGAAGAUCUUAAAAAAAUGGAAAUACCUUCUUCCUCCAUUACCUUUCUGGUAAACUUUUUUUUUCUGCUUUUCCCUUUUCAGCAAAAGUUUUAACUGGAGUUGUGUUUUACCUGAGCUUUUAAAGCCCAUCUUAGAUAGGUUGUGGGUUGGAAUAGUUUAAUUUAUCACACUAUGCAUUAGUUUUGUUAAAUACUGAGAACAUCAAUGGGGUGUUUUAAUGUGGGAGGCCAAAGAAUUUCUCCUCAGAGGUAAAUUACACUGAGAAGGAGGGAAGAUUGCAUGUGGUUGAGGUAACCAGCAGUGCUGGAACAGUUGUUGGCUUUUGAAGUAGACCAUGCUCCAACAUUUUCAGCCUUUGAGGGUAAAGGGUGGGAAGGUAUGAAAAGGAGACUGUGUUAAAAGCAACAAAGAAGGCAAUAUUUGAAAUUCCACGUGCAUCCUUGUGAUCAGGGUGCAGGAGCAAACGUGCAUCUUCUGUGUGAGCAAUUCUGCAAAGGGCCCUUGAUGGUGCCAUUAAACCUCAAUUUCCCAAAGCAGCUUUUCAGGCAGAAUUAUUUUCCCAUUAUUUGUAAUAGGAAGGAGCAGGUAGUGUAGGGGCCUGAGACUUUGGUCAUGUGUUGGCAGGAGAUUGAGAUUAGGCUGAUGGAAAGCCCAAGUAGCCUGCUUGGCACCUCAGCCCUGGUGUCAAAAACAGCAGGGCAGAGAAUAAGAGGAAAGCUUGGCUCUGUUAAUGACAUAAAGCUGCCUCAAAUACCUGUUUCUGUUGUUCUUUGGACUGAACAUGAAGUUAAGUCUUCUUUACUGCAUUGAAUUGGAGUAUUCUGUGUAGCACAACUGUCUGGGAAGGCCAGUAAUCCCUUAAAUCAUAAUGGACCCCAGGAAACCUGCUGGAGAAAAACCCUGGUGCACAGAAAUACGCCAAAACUCAUGGUCUGGGAAGGGAUUUCACAAACUCUUGCAAAUGCUGCUUGCUCUGCUGAGGUGAUUGCUCAGUUCAGGGCACUUUUCAAAAUUCAGAUUCACUGCAUUAAGCUAAUAAUCUUUCUAUUUUUAUUUCUCUUCAUCCUUUUUUCUUUACUUAACUUUUUACCUUUUUUUUUUUUUCUCCCAGAAAUGUCCCACCUCAGCAAAGCAGGGCUAAAAAGCUACCAUUUAGAUUAAGCAAGACUUUCUUGAAUUUCUUUAUGCUAAAAUAAGUGCUUAAUCCUCUGCUUAAAAUCCACAGAACUAAAUGCAUGGGAAUUAUUUUUCCAGUGGUGAAUUCAUUCCUCAAGCAGUGAUGGCUGUGUCUAGAUUGUCUGUUUUUCUUCACCUACCUAAUUUUACUGAUUACUGUUGAUUGUAAAGACCUAGGUCCAGCCAAUGAGAAAUAUUUUAUCAGAUUUGGGUGUCCUUCUAGACCUCUUGUGUGUGAUGCAUAAGGAUGCUGCUGAAACUGAAAAGGAUAUGGAUUUUCUGUUCCAGAAUGUUUGAAUUCUGGUGCAAAACAGAGUAAAAGGGGAAAGGGCUUGUACUGAAUUUAUUUUAAUCCAGUUCCUGCCUCAGAAUGGCUUGGAGAAGGAGCAGGAGAAGGUCUGGAGCACAGAAAAGGGUGAGAGGUGGCACUGGACGCGUCUGUGAGCAGAGAGGAGAGGAAAUGUGGUGAGAGGCACUGAUGGUGCAUUUGUUUUCCCAUUUACCAAGUACCUGUGUCUGCCCAGAAGCAGUAAAUCAAGCCCUUGACAUCCAUGGCAAUGAAUUUCUGCUGAUAUUUAGAGGAUCCCCAGAUCUGGCCAGAGGGGAUAAAUAUUCAUAAAUUUAUGCACUGUGACUAAUACAUACGGCCUGAGCAAAUGCACUUCCAUGGCUGGGUGAGGGGACUCAUCUGUUUCUGCCAGCCUGUGUCAGAAUUCCUGUGGCAUUAAUCAGGACCCCUUCCUGAUGAGUUCUGCCAUCUGUGGCAGGGCACAGAGCACAUGCUCAUGCAUCAGUCCAAAAACUUUGAGAAUUAGAGACAGAGAUGCACAAAUCAGGUCUUCUCUUGAAAGUGACUACCUUUCACUCUCGAGCAUAAAUAAAAAUGUCCUCAUUAAAAGCUGCAGGAGGUGCAGAAGUAGAUUAAUAUGAGCCUUGUUAACACAGCAUAUUGCUGACACACUCCCUUGAUUGCUUAAUAACACUUAAAAUAAUUCCUUACUUUAUUCAUCUGUCAAACCAUUCAUAACAAUUGUCAUGUAGCUGUUGCAUCACUCAAGCUUGAACAUACAACCAGCAAUUUGGAAGCUAAUUACAUGCUUGUGUUUUCCUCAGAUGGUUUUCUGCAUAUCAGCUGUUAUAAGUGGACUGGGUGUAAAACUGAGGGAAAAUGGUCAAUAUUCAAAAAUGAUCAGCAGCAGAGUCAAUGUUGUGAUGAAUCCUAAAUAGCAGAAGUGAGAUAAAAUGAAAGGCUCUUUUCAAAAUUGUUUUGAUGAUUCAAAGUACUGAGGUGAAUUAAAAUCUAACAGUGGUGUAGCCACUGGCAUCAGUGUUUCAUCCUGUACAUUUAGAAUGAGCAGAGUAAUAAUGACUGAAACUGAGGAAAUGGGACAAAUGUGCAAGAAAACUCCACUGUUUGGUGGGGGUGAGUUUCAUCCUAGAUCUCAUGCCAGAAAGAGAUGAGAUUUCUCAUGUGCUUCUUUAGAAGGUGUUAAUUAUUCAAGAGCAUAGAAAUAAAUAUUUUAUAUUCCACUUAUAUAGAUCCCUCAAGGAGUAUUUGACAUCAAAGUAAGAGACCUGUCUGUUAAGUUAAAAAAUGGUACCUCUGGCCUUGUGUUUAUCUAGAAAAGAUAAAGAAGGUAUUUAACUCGAGAAAAUAAUUUAUGAGAGAGUUGUUGAAAAAGGUGCUAAUUGUAGAAGAAGGUUGAAAGAAAUUUGUUUUAUGUUGUAGGGGCUCACAGAGAUGUGAUUUUCUAAAGACAUCACAGGACACAGAGAAUGUUCACUGAAUUUAGCAGGAGUGUGAAAAAUGGGGGGUUUUGUUGGCUUUUUUUACUUAUUGAGAAGUUCUCAACAUAGCAACUAAAAUCACCAGGUUCUGAACUAUGAUUUGGCCACAGGAAUAAACUUUCAUCAGCCUGUUGUUCAUAUUGUGAUCUUCCCCCCUCCCCAGAUUCCUGAGCAACUCUAUAAAAUAUUAUCACAGGGGUUAUUUUUUGUUCACAGAGGAAAAUGGUUCAUUACUCAUCACUUCAGUGUUCUGCCACACCUGGCUAAACCUUGAGGUUGCACAAGUGUAAAACUGGAGUAAAGUGGUGAUAAAUCAUUGGGUUUCUACUGGGGAUGUGAACCAUCCAAAGAGUUUCUGCUUUAUUCCCUCUGGAGCUGAUCCUUGGGUAACUACUGAACUACCUGAACAAAAACUCCACUUUUAUUAAGCUACCCUGAAAAAAUAUAUACUUUUAUAAAGAACACCUUAAAUCCUUUAGGCUAAAACUCACUCCUCCAGGGACUAAACCUCCUGGAUUUGCUGUAUAUCACAAAUACAAAAUUAUGUUUCUGUUCGAGUGCUGUGUCAGUGUCAAACUGUUCUGGAACACCAGGAUAGGAAAGAAUAUCUUGGUAUUAAAACUCCUCUCUAGUUGUAUAUCUGUGUACCCACAGCAUUGACUAAAAAUGUUAAAUGAAAAAAAACCCAAAAUAUUAUACCCAGUUGUGUUGAUAAAACUGCUCAGAACCUGAGCAAGUGUUUCAGUUAAAGUAAAAACAGAUUUGAAAACACAAACCAGAAGAUGUCCAAAUAAAAAUAAAACAUUGUCAGGAUGUGUUAAGUUGCCUGUUGACUCUUUAAGUGAUUCAAAAUACUUUGUGAGCUCCAAAGCUCUAAAGAGAGGCAAAACCAUCAAAUUUUUAUUGAUGACACUGAGAACCAUCCUGGAGCAAAAUGUGCAAGCAAAAUGUCCAAAUGAAAUGUCCAAACCAGUAUCGCCCAGCCAGUGAUGGGGAGUGAGCAAGGGGAGGAACAGGAGGGCAGGAGAGCAAAGCAUUUUUUUACAGACACAUGAGGUUUGUGCAACUUCCCUUUGGGGUGAGUGUUGUCCUUCCCAAAUCUGUGAACAUCUGGGGUCAUUUGGGACACCAAGCUCUGCCCAUGGGAGAGCUAAACAUAGGUAGGAACACAGCAGGAGAUUUGGGAAAAUCAUGUGAAGGCACUGGAAUGAGCAGGGAUGGGAUUGUAAAGGCUGGAGGGUUUGGGGUGACAUGAAAUUCAGUUUGAGAGGGAUGUGUGCUGCCCGAGUGAGUCUUUAUCCACUCUUUGGUGUGAGACCUCUCAGCCUCCUGUUUGUCUUGCCACUUUCUGCCCUCCAGCACAGCACUUGAGAGGCACAGAACUGAUGGCCCCCUGCAUGCCUGGUGUGCAUUUACACCUUUUCUGCUCUAACUGACACCAAAUCAGCCAUCACAUCUGAGGGCAGGAGGAGGAAGGCUCGUCAGGCUGUUUGCUCAGCAUGACUGAGUGCAGGAUGCUGCCAGAGACCACAAUCCUGCCUUCACAGCUUCUCUCAUGCAAUGAUUAGCAGGGUUGAGAUGCUCCUGAUGCUGUUAUAACCUUUCCUUGAGCUAGAUUUACAGAAAAAAUGUUUUUCGUGCUACCCUGAGGCAGUGUUAUCCAGACACUCCCCUUCUUCAUGGUUUUGUUCACACCACUCCCAGAUCUGCACCAACUCCUGUUUCUUGAUGUGUUCUCAUUUCGCCAAGCUAAAAAUACAGAUUCAUUAUUUCUGACUUUUCUGAGGUCCCUU